CCCUGUGGCCGGUUACCCUGAGGAGUUGGUCGCACAAUUAUGAAAGACUCGGCUUCUGCUGCUAGCGCCGGAGCUGAGUUAGUUCUGAGAAGGUUUCCCUGGGCUGUCCUUGUCCGGCGGCCUGUGCUGCCGCCUCCGGAGACGCUUCCCGAUAGAUGGCUAGAGGCCGCGGAGGAGGAGGAGGUGGAGUUGCUGCCCUUCCGGAGUCCGCCCCGUAAGGAGAAUGUCCCAGAAAUCCUGGAUAGAAAGCACUUUGACCAAGAGGGAAUGUGUGUAUAUUAUACCAAGUUCCAAGGACCCUCACAGAUGCCUUCCAGGAUGUCAAAUUUGUCAGCAACUUGUCAGGUGUUUUUGUGGUCGCUUGGUCAAGCAACAUGCUUGUUUUACUGCAAGUCUUGCCAUGAAAUACUCAGAUGUGAAAUUGGGUGACCAUUUUAAUCAGACAAUAGAAGAAUGGUCUGUGGAAAAGCAUACAGAACAGAGCCCAACGGAUGCUUAUGGAGUUAUAAAUUUUCAAGGGGGUUCUCAUUCCUACAGAGCUAAGUAUGUGAGGCUAUCAUAUGACACCAAACCUGAAGUCAUUUUGCAACUUCUGCUUAAAGAAUGGCAAGUGGAAUUACCCAAACUUGUUAUCUCUGUACAUGGGGGCAUGCAGAAAUUUGAGCUUCACCCACGAAUCAAGCAGUUGCUUGGAAAAGGUCUUAUUAAAGCUGCAGUUACAACUGGAGCCUGGAUUUUAACUGGAGGAGUAAACACAGGUGUGGCAAAACAUGUUGGUGAUGCCCUCAAGGAACAUGCUUCCAGAUCAUCUCCAAAGAUUUGCACUAUUGGAAUAGCUCCAUGGGGAGUAAUCGAAAACAGAAAUGACCUUGUUGGGAGAGAUGUGGUUGCUCCUUAUCAAACCUUAUUGAAUCCCCUGAGCAAAUUGAAUGUUCUGAAUAAUCUGCAUUCCCAUUUCAUAUUGGUGGAUGAUGGCACUGUUGGAAAGUAUGGGGCAGAAGUCAGAUUGAGAAGAGAACUUGAAAAAACUAUUAAUCAGCAAAGAAUUCAUGCUAGAAUUGGCCAGGGUGUCCCUGUGGUGGCACUUAUAUUUGAGGGUGGGCCAAAUGUUAUCCUCACAGUUCUGGAAUACCUUCAGGAAAGUCCCCCUGUUCCAGUAGUUGUAUGUGAAGGAACAGGCAGAGCUGCAGAUCUACUAGCAUAUAUUCAUAAACAAACAGAAGAAGGAGGGAAUCUUCCUGAUGCAGCAGAGCCUGAUAUUAUUUCAACCAUCAAAAAAACAUUUAACUUUGGCCAGAGCGAAGCAGUUCAUUUAUUUCAAACACUGAUGGAGUGCAUGAAAAGAAAGGAGCUUAUCACUGUUUUCCACAUUGGAUCUGAUGAACAUCAAGAUAUAGAUGUAGCAAUACUUACUGCACUGCUAAAAGGCACUAAUGCAUCUGCAUUUGACCAGCUCAUCCUUACAUUGGCGUGGGAUAGAGUUGACAUUGCCAAAAGUCAUGUAUUUGUUUAUGGACAGCAGUGGCUGGUUGGAUCCUUGGAACAAGCUAUGCUUGAUGCUCUUGUAAUGGAUAGAGUUGCAUUUGUAAAACUUCUUAUUGAAAAUGGAGUAAGCAUGCAUAAAUUCCUUACCAUUCCGAGACUAGAAGAACUUUACAACACUAAACAAGGUCCAACUAAUCCAAUGCUAUUUCAUCUUGUUCGAGAUGUCAAACAGAUUGAUACAGCUGUGGAAGAAGGAAAGAAGAAAAGAACCAAAGAUGAAAUUGUAGAUAUUGAUGACCCAGAGACCAAGCGCUUUCCUUAUCCACUCAAUGAACUGUUAAUUUGGGCUUGCCUUAUGAAGAGGCAGGUUAUGGCCCGUUUUUUAUGGCAGCAUGGUGAAGAAUCAAUGGCUAAAGCACUAGUCGCCUGUAAGAUUUAUCGUUCAAUGGCAUACGAAGCAAAGCAGAGUGACCUGGUAGAUGAUACUUCAGAAGAACUGAAACAGUAUUCCAAUGAUUUCGGUCAACUGGCAGUUGAAUUACUAGAACAAUCCUUCAGGCAAGAUGAAACCAUGGCUAUGAAAUUGCUCACUUAUGAACUGAAAAACUGGAGUAAUUCAACCUGCCUAAAGUUAGCAGUUUCUUCAAGACUUAGACCUUUUGUAGCCCAUACCUGUACACAAAUGCUAUUAUCUGAUAUGUGGAUGGGAAGGCUGAAUAUGAGGAAAAAUUCAUGGUACAAGGUCAUAUUAAGCAUUCUAGUUCCACCUGCCAUAUUAAUGCUAGAAUACAAAACUAAGGCUGAAAUGUCCCAUAUCCCACAAUCUCAAGACGCUCAUCAGAUGACAAUGGAAGAUAGUGAAAACAACUUUCAAAACAUAAUGGAAGAGAUCCCCAUGGAAUUAUUUAAAGAAGUAAGGAUUUUGGACAGUAAUGAAGGAAAGAAUGAAAUGGAGAUACAGAUAAAAUCAAAAAAGCUUCCAAUUACACGAAAGUUUUAUGCCUUUUAUCAUGCACCAAUUGUAAAAUUCUGGUUUAACACGUUGGCAUAUUUAGGAUUUCUGAUGCUUUAUACAUUUGUGGUUCUUGUACAAAUGGAACGAUUACCUUCAGUUCAAGAAUGGAUUGUUAUUGCUUAUAUUUUUACCUAUGCCAUUGAGAAAGUCCGUGAGAUCUUUAUGUCUGAAGCUGGGAAAAUAAACCAGAAGAUUAAAGUGUGGUUCAGUGAUUACUUCAAUAUCAGUGAUACAAUUGCCAUAAUUACUUUCUUCAUUGGAUUUGGACUAAGAUUUGGAACAAAAUGGAACUUUGAGAAUGCAUAUGAUAAUCAUGUUUUUGUGGCUGGAAGAUUAAUUUACUGUCUUAACAUAAUAUUUUGGUAUGUGCGUUUGCUAGAUUUUCUAGCUGUAAAUCAACAGGCAGGACCUUAUGUAAUGAUGAUUGGAAAAAUGGUGGCCAAUAUGUUCUACAUUGUAGUGAUUAUGGCUCUUGUAUUACUUAGUUUUGGUGUUCCCAGAAAGGCAAUACUUUAUCCUCAUGAAGCACCAUCUUGGACUCUUGCUAAAGAUAUAGUUUUUCAGCCAUACUGGAUGAUUUUUGGUGAAGUCUAUGCAUAUGAAAUUGAUGUGUGUGCAAAUGAUUCCACUAUCACUGAAAUCUGUGGUCCUGGGACGUGGUUGACUCCAUUUCUUCAAGCAGUCUACCUCUUUGUACAGUAUAUCAUUAUGGUUAAUCUUCUUAUUGCAUUUUUCAACAAUGUGUAUUUGCAAGUGAAGGCAAUUUCCAAUAUUGUAUGGAAGUACCAACGUUAUCACUUUAUUAUGGCUUAUCACGAGAAACCAGUUUUGCCUCCUCCACUUAUCGUUCUUAGCCAUAUAGUUUCUCUGUUUUGCUGCAUAUGUAAAAGAAGAAAGAAAGAUAAAACUUCUGAUGGACCAAAACUUUUCUUAACAGAAGAAGAUCAAAAGAAACUUCAUGAUUUUGAAGAGCAGUGUGUCGAGAUGUAUUUUAAUGAAAAAGAUGACAAAUUCCAUUCUGGGAGUGAAGAGAGAAUUCGUGUCACUUUUGAAAGAGUGGAACAGAUGUGCAUUCAGAUUAAAGAAGUUGGAGAUCGUGUCAACUACAUAAAAAGAUCAUUACAGUCAUUAGAUUCUCAAAUUGGCCAUUUGCAAGAUCUCUCAGCCCUGACUGUAGAUACAUUAAAAACACUCACUGCCCAGAAAGCUUCAGAAGCUAGCAAAGUUCACAAUGAAAUCACACGAGAAUUGAGCAUUUCCAAACAUUUGGCUCAAAACCUUAUUGAUGAUGGUCCUAUGCGACCUUCUGUAUGGAAAAAGCACAGUGUUGUAAAUACAGUUAGCUCCUCUCUUCCUCAAGGUGACCUUGAAAGUAAUAAUCCUUUUCUCUGUAAUAUUUUUAUGAAAGAUGAAAAAGAUUCCCAGUGUAACACAUUUGGUCAAGAUUUACCUGCAAUACCCCAGAGAAAAGAAUUCCAUUUUCCAGAGGCUGGUUCCUCUUGUGGUGCCUUAUUCCCAAGUGCUGUUUCUCCUCCAGAACUGCGACAGAGACUACAUGGGAUAGAAAUCUUAAAAAUAUUUAGUAAAAAUCAAAAAUUAGGCAGUUCGUCAAAUAGCAUACCACAUCUAUCAUCCCCACCAACCAAAUUUUUUGUUAGUACACCAUCCCAGCCAAGUUGCAAAAGCCACUUGGAAACUGUAACCAAAGAUCAAGAAACUGUUUGCUCUAAAGCUGCAGAAUCCGGAGAUAAUAUAGAAUUUGGAGCAUUUAUAGGACACAGAGAUAGCAUGGAUUUACAGAGGUUUAAAGAAACAUCAAAUAAUAUAAAAGAAAUACUGUCUGAACAGCAGAAUGAUGUAAGAAACCCAACUAUGGAGUAUACCGAGAUGCCUAAAUAUCAGAAUGAUUUUCCUUCUGAAAACACUUUGAAACAUGUGAGUUCUCAUGCUGGAUUUACUGAGUGUCCCAAAACUUCCAUUCCUCUUCAUUCAGAACAAGCUAAAAGUAGCAGUAGGCGGCCAUCUACAGAAGACACUCAUGAAGUAGAUUCCAAAGCAGCUUUACUACCGGAUUGGUUACAAGAUAGACCAUCAAACAGAGAAAUGCCAUCUGAAGAAGGAACAUUAAAUGGUCUUGCUUCUCCAUUUAAGCCAGCUAUGGAUACAAAUUACUAUUACUCAGCUGUGGAAAGAAAUAACUUGAUGAGGUUAUCACAGAGCAUUCCUUUCACACCUGUGCCUCCAAGAGGUGAGCCGGUCACAGUAUAUCGUUUGGAAGAGAGUUCGCCCAACAUACUGAACAACAGCAUGUCUUCUUGGUCACAGCUAGGCCUUUGUGCCAAAAUAGAGUUUUUAAGUAAAGAGGAGAUGGGAGGAGGUUUACGAAGAGCUGUCAAAGUACAGUGUACCUGGUCAGAACAUGAUAUUCUGAAAUCAGGGCAUCUUUAUAUUAUCAAGUCUUUUCUUCCUGAGGUGGUUAACACAUGGUCAAGUAUUUAUAAAGAAGAUACAGUUCUGCAUCUCUGUCUUAGAGAAAUUCAACAACAGAGAGCAGCACAAAAGCUCACAUUUGCCUUCAAUCAAAUGAAACCCAAAUCCAUACCAUAUUCUCCAAGGUUCCUUGAAGUUUUCCUGCUGUAUUGCCAUUCAGCAGGACAGUGGUUUGCUGUGGAGGAAUGUAUGACUGGAGAAUUUAGAAAAUACAACAAUAACAAUGGUGAUGAGAUUAUUCCAACUAAUACACUGGAAGAGAUCAUGCUAGCCUUUAGCCACUGGACUUAUGAAUAUACAAGAGGGGAAUUAUUGGUACUUGAUUUACAAGGCGUGGGUGAAAAUUUGACUGACCCAUCUGUGAUAAAAGCAGAAGAAAAGAGAUCCUGUGAUAUGGUGUUUGGCCCAGCAAACCUAGGAGAAGAUGCAAUAAAAAACUUUAGAGCUAAACAUCACUGUAAUUCUUGCUGUAGAAAGCUUAAACUUGCAGAUCUGAAGAGGAAUGACUAUACGCCUGAUAAAAUUAUAUUUCCUCAGGAUGAGCCUUCAGAUUUGAAUCUUCAGCCUGGAAAUUCUACCAAAGAAUCAGAAUCAACUAAUUCUGUUCGUCUGAUGUUAUAAUAUUAUGGAAUCAUUGGUUUUGCCUAAUCUCACAGAAAUGUUACUGUGUCACUUUUCCUUCAGGAGGAAAUUGUUUGGUAAUGUAGAAAGGUGUGUGCAAACUGAAUUUGCUGACUCCUAACACAGAGGGUUAAUAUUCUUUUGACCUGAUUAAAUUAGUCAGUCAGAAACGCCCUAUAGGAUACAGCUGGUAGUUGAGAAAUUUUAAAGGUAAUGGAAAAUUUGUAUGUAUAACUUUUUAAAGGGCUCUUCAUAGCAGAGGAUCUCAUUUGACUUUGUUCUGAUGAGGGUGAUGCCUUCUCUUAUGUGGUGCAAUACCUUUAACCAAAGUUAGGUGUCCAUGCAGAUUUUAUUGCCAGCUUGUUUAUUGCCAUUCAGCUAGGGAAAUGAAGAAAUCACUCAGCCUUUUAGUUAAAUGGCAAUCAGAAGUCUUCCUCAGUGUGUUUAGGGUGUUCAGUAAUGAUGUCACUAAUUCCCAACUAGAUGCUUGUUGGCAACAGGAAAGGAGACGACUUGUUAUAAUUCUAGAUUCACAGGGAUAUAAGAUGCCUGAGCUGAAGACCAUUUUCUAAGAGGGACUUUAUUUUAUGAAUCAGGGUUAGACUCCCUAUGUAAAGAUAGAACCAGUUUUUUGUUAAAUAGAGCCCAAAUUGUGCAAAAGUAUUAUUGGGCUUUUUUAAUAUUGUUUAAUCAAGUCACUAUUAAGUAGAAGAAAGCCAUGGUAAACUGGUACAUAAUCAAAAUAUGUAAAAGGAGAAACAUAACUCACUGUUUAACGGGAGUUAUCUUUUGAGAAAAGUUAAAGUACUUUUUUCCUUUCUAAAUCUGUGGUGACAACCUGGAAGUUACAUACGUCUCCCAAGAUUAAUAGAUGAGUAUAUCAAAUCAGAAUGAAAACAUGAACUCGUGCAUAUAUUUAAAAUUGUGUAGGGACAUCUGAACAUGAAUGUUGUUUGAGGUACUUAUUUAAGAAAUUAAUUGAGUUGGAUUAUCGUUAUGGGAUGUUAGAAGAUUGCAAUGCAAUUUUAUGCCAAUAAAAUGUAAUUUAAUGGCCCUAGAUAUUGUUGAAUAUUCAACAAGAAAAGCUUUUCUAUCUGACUGAAGUUUUAUGCUUUGAUUUUUUCCCUUUUCUUUUUUUUCUUUUUUUUGUGUGUGUAUGUGUCCUAGGUACUAAUAUUAAUUUUUAUUUGAAAGGGAGCAGUAUAAAGCUUAUUUGUAUUCAGUAGUGUAUCUCAUAGAUACAGACAAGGCAAGAAGAGAUAAGCUGUUUAAAUAGUGUUUAAUAUUGAUGGGGGAGAAAAAGUGUAUUAUAGAUACUAUAUACAUUUUGUAUAUCAUUAAAUCUUUAAAAGAAAUUAAAUAAAUUUAUUCUUGUUUACAGA